GCAUGGAAGCUUCGUGAAAAGAUGUCAGAAAUGCUUGGCAUUCCGUUGAAGACAUCACAAUGGCGUAAGAUCGUUGGUCAAUUGAACCAACUUGCAUCCUUGCCUGCUCCUCAUCCUCCAGCUGUUGAGCUUGUCUUGCAGCAAUACUCUCGUUUCGAUGCCGCACAGCAGCAAACUGCCAAGCCCAAGACUCUUGAUGAUCUUGGUCGUGCCUAUGCUGCUGGUAGAAGAAAGGAAUCCAGCGCACGAUGCUGGGUUGUAGAGGGUGAAGGCAAGGUGUUGGUUAACGGCGAAUCUCUGGAGACAUACUUUAAGCGCCCUGUCGAUCGUGAUGAAGUUACUCUUCCUUUGAAGGUUACCGAAAACUCCGAUAAAUUCAAUAUCUGGGUGUCUGUCAAUGGCGGUGGAACUACCGGUCAGGCACAAGCUAUUAAGCUUGGUGUCGGAAAGGCACUCUUAACUCACAACAUGGAGUGGAAGCCUUUGUUGCGUGAAGCCGGCUGCAUUACCCGUGAUCCAAGAGUUGUCGAACGUAAGAAGGAAGGUCAGAGAAAGGCUCGUGCAAGAUAUACCUGG